AUCCACUGAGCGCAUAAUAAAACGGUGACGAUAGCGUAGCCUCUAGAAUGCUUUAUGCCUGCUGCGGAGACCUGUGAUGCGCAGAAGCGGGUGGGUGUCCUGUUGUGCGCCAUCCUCGUCUCCUUCAUUCAUUACAGCGUCGUCUGCCUCCGUGCACACGCCCUUGGGGAGACGAAGCUCCGUCGGGUGCAGCAGCAGUAGCAACUUCGAUUCCCCUCUGUGGAUGUCGGUCAUCGCUUUGUGUUUGAAUAUUCAGCCUUAUCUAUCUGAGCCGCGCUUAUAUCUUGCCAUCAUAUGCUCAUAACUCCAGCCAGACACCAGCAGUUCUUCUCCCUCGACAUAGGAAUUCUUCUGUCUCUGUUUUAUUUAUUUUGAGGAGCGUCAGCAGUCGGCGUGUGUGUGUGUGUGUGUGUGUCCGUUCUGUCUGUCUGUUUGCUAGAGAAAUUAUGUGCCUUGGGCACUCUGUUGCUGCGUCAGCGUUGUUGUGAUCUAGCCUUUUUCCGCUGACUGGAAGAGUUUUCGACCAAGAAAUCGAUCCGAAACGGUUCCUGCUGUGUGGGGUUUUGUUGUAGCUUCAGCUAUAGCGUGGCUCCAUGGCGACACUCAUGAGAGAGACUUACUAUGGAAGGCACGAACCCGCAUGGAUGGCCCCGAUAAGGGAGCCUGCCCCCUACUUUGAUGAAGCUCCUUACGAGGGCUUUCGCGAGUCGCACCAAUAUCCUCUGCAUGAUGAGUCAUAUUUUGCCCCCUACCAUGCUCUAUCGCCAUUUUCUGAGUCGCUGUCGCGGGUGCCUCGAACCUCUAGCUCUAUACCUGCUUUCAGCCAUUAUGACGAAUCCCCUUUUGUUGAACCACUUCCACCUCGAGGGGGUUCUCUUCGAUCGUCCAGCGCUAUUCCCGCAUAUGCUUACCCAGGAAGGCCUUUUCCGGAUGCGUACUCUCGCGGUGCGCUCCUAAAUCGUCCGAUUCGGUCGACAAGUUCUGUCCCCGCUUACGAGUUGCACUCUCACAACCAACCUUCAAAUCGUCCAACUCGGUCGACAAGUGCCGUUCCAGCCUACGAGUUGCACACCAACAGCCCAACUUCAAAUCGUCCAACUCGGUCGUCAAGUGCAAUUCCGGUCUACAACCUUGGGGAACCUCGCUUGGAAUCCCGUUCCAAAAAGGUGGCACCGGAGAUUGAGUUGAGGGUACCAAUGUGCUGUAGCAAAUGUGAGGCGAAGACGAAGGAUACUUUACGAAAAUUGCCGGGCGUUACUGAAGUUAAGACGGACAGGCGCAGUUCGAAGGUUACUGUGACCGGCAAAGUAGAUCCCCAAGUAGUGUUGAAACAGAUUCAGAAGUCCAAGAAGAAAGCCGAUUUCUGGACCAAGCAAAUUUAUAGCCAAGCGUUUAUAAACUUCAUACAAUCUAAGACUGGUCAAGCUCAGCCCGAGGAUGAGAUUACAUCAUCUUACCAUCAACAUGUUCCCCCAGACGAAGUUCGGGGCCAUCACGCAUACGAGGAGAGCGAACAUUUGUCAUCUUACGAGGAACAUCCUGGUUAUUCGGAGAGGAACGGCCAUGAAUCAUACGAGAGAAUGGAGAGAAGCCGAUCCCACACUAUACUCGAAGAGGAUGAUAACAUUGAGAUGCAGCGAGGAUAUUAUAGCCACCACAGUUAUGAUCCAAGAGCCGAUAUGUCGCCCUAUGGAGGGUCAUUUUCGUAUGGUCAUCUGGAGGAACUCCACGGAAACAGGGAUGAUAGAGCAGCACGCUUUGAGAACCACGGCCCUGCCACUUACUACGAGCAUUUUGAGCCUUCUUACCGAGAUACUCAUCUCGAACGGGAGAGUGGACCAAUGUAUGAGGAGUUCGGCUCGUCUUACAGGCCGAGCCAAGGGUAUGGGCCAUCAGGAGUCUCGAAUCCAAGUUACAUGAAACGCAUCAGCAGUGGCUACUGAAAACAGUAUAUCUAUAUAUUUUUGUAUAAAAUCAGAACCUUCACUACUGGAAGUGUGGCGACCGAGACUACUCAGGGAGGAAUGGGGUGCUGUAACUACUCCCGACCAUGUAAAAAAGUCCUCCUUGCUCUGCCCUUAUCUCAGCAGCAUCCCUCCGUAUGCUUUGAAGUUUCCACAGCAUGUUGAAGAUUCCUCGACUUGCUAAUUGAAGCAUUCUUAUGAAAUCCAAUUUUGAUACCAAACACCGAUCUCACCCCUUUCAGUGUGACAUUUUGGUGAUGAGUGAAGCUCGCCGUUCAGUGACCAGCCUGCGACUCAAAGUGGAUGCCCCCACUUCUUGCAGUUGUAGCAGGGUGGUGGAGCCUCACCUGCAUACUAAAGCUGUUACCACUUCUCAGACAAUUUGUACACUAGUAACAAAUUUUUCUCUUUUCAACCAUUUCCGCUUCAGCAGUGGAUUCAUUCAU